GCUUUCGUCCAAAUUCUCGCAAACAGCUGGCUCUCCUACACUAAAUCGACGAUGUCAGGUGACGGUGACAGCCUUAUAACCCUUGAUGAUCCCAAGUGUCCCGAAUUUGAACCAGAGAUUGUGAAAGGGUUUGAGAGAGCUGUUCUCGGCUUUACAAUUUUUACAAGAUACAGCUUAAAGAGAGUAAUAGUACUUAAUCAAUUGCUCAAGAACAUCAAGCAAUGCUCUGUGGAGCUCUUGAUGAAGGAGAUCGACGAUGCUGAGGAACUCACGACAUUCUGGGAUCGAUUAGAAUCUGAGCAGCGAUGGCCACUGUCCGGUUCGGAUAUACAUGAGACUGUCUCACUGACGCAAUCUGAAAUCCGUGCGCACAGCGAUCUAUACGACGAUGCCAUCGACGUUGCAAAAUCAGCGAUACUUGCGACUAUUCUUCACACCCUUUUGGGUACACGACAUGUCACUGUCUGGUUAAAAGCCAAGAUAAACAUCGCAAAGCGAAGCGAAAAUGGAUAUCUGCUCUCGAGAGCUGUUAAGUGGAGGCUGGCGGACACUAUAGAGCUAUUGUUGGUUUCCGGAGCAGAUCCCCAGAAUCAUGGUAUUGACGUCCUGAAUCCCAUUAAUGGGUACGGCUUGCUUAACAGGGAUGAAAUUCAUUUCUCCAUUGCAGCUCAUCUGUUCCUGAAGCUGAUUCCCAUGAACUACUACGAGUCAUUCAGAGAAGACAAGCCCCGGGCAAAACCAAUUGUGCGCGCUCGUCGUCUACGAAAAGAUGUAGGCCCGUUUAGUCCCGACGAUAUCCAGAAACCAAGCUUGACCUGGAUCCAUGUUCGGAGAAAUAACCUUCUGUUGAUGAUGGCCCCUGUACGAAGUUAUACUUGGAAAGCUGCUCAAACGUUAGGCGAAAUCUUCGGAGCCCUGAGACGUGGCUCUGAUGAUUCUCAUCUGGCUUAUUUGGAGCCGACAUAUCAAUCAAGAAGCUUGCAGAUGUCUGAGGAGAAAAACCUAUUUAGUCGCCGCGAACCAUGUGAGGCGAAGUGUUCAGCGAUUGUAUUUCCAUAUCUAGUGCUUACGACAAUCGGGCAACAAAAGGCUAAAAGACGGAGGCACGAGAAGCUCAAGAGAGAUCUAAAGCUCAAUGAACAUAUUCUCUCUUUCGACCACUUGGAACGCACCUUGGACGAGGCGUACUAUCCGGGCCUCUCUCGUGAAGCCCUGGAAGUACGCAAUCAUGAUCAAGUGGUCUCACACAGUAAAGACGACUUUACCUCCUUUGAUAAGCGAGACAGUGGCUCGAAAAGAACCAGUGGAGAAGCAUUCAUCCUCAUGGUGCCGCAGCUCUGGCUUUACAAGUUGGGUAAUGUCGUCAUAUCUGCUUACAGUAUGGAUCAGGGAACUCAAUACGCGUCCAAUAGAAAGCGGCGAGGACUUCGUUACUAUGACAGAAUCCGAUACGGUGACGGGAGAGAACAAGCGACACCUGCGGAUAUCCACCUCGGCUUGAUCAUCACUAGCUUCAUAGAUAGGUUUGGUAAGACCUACUGGGAUGACGAUGACCUCAUCCAUCCGCCUCCACUGGAUCUUUUUGAGACAAGAGUGGUUCAGCUUCUGUCGGAAGUGAGGAAGUACAUCGAACAGCCUUCUGGAGGAAAAUCGAGUUCCAGUGGACUUGAAUACCGCCGGGAGCGAUACUUCAUACACGUCAUAUCCGAUGUGCGCAGCGAGCUUGCUAUGAUACAGCAUGUUCUCGACCAACAGGAGCGUAUCUUAAAACAGUUUCUCAAAGAUUGCCUACCUGCAAGCGAAAAACAGCAUUUACCAGAUUGGGCACCAAUCGAAGCUUCUCAAGAGACCAUCCAACAGUACAUGAGAAGAGUAAAGAAGAUCGACGGCGAUGCGGACAGAAUCGAGAAGAGCAUACAGGACAUGCUCAACCUGAAGCGCACGCACGCUAGUAUCAGGGAGGCACACAGCAGCCUCAUUGUGAGCACCGCUGUUAUCGGAUUUACCGUCAUUACGAUCGUCUUCACACCACUCGCAUUUCUCACGGCACUUUUCGCCCUCAAGAUUGACGGAUUCGAGAACCUCCAAAUCUCCGGUAGUGAUGGCGUUUUCCAUAGCGGCAAGAUUGGUGGCAUAUUUGCGAGUACUGAGAUCUUGACACUAGUAUUGACAGGUAUCGCAGUAUGGCUAGCAUUCAAGUACAUAAAUCGCGACCAAGAACGUUCCUCGAAAGAAAAGACAGUUGCUUGGCUGGAGGGCUUCACAUCCCGGUCCAAAGGACAAAUCAGAAAGAAGCGUGCGAAAGUCGCGGAUAUAGAAUCAUCAGGGCUGGACGAGCUCCAGGGAUCAAUUACACGUUCCUCAGAAAGUUCCGAUUCGCGAGCUUCACUACAUACAUCGCAGGUACAAGAUGAAACUGAAGAUGAAGACGGAGAUGAAGAUGAAGACGAAGAUGAAGACGAAGACGAAGACGAAGACGAAGACGAAGACGAAGACGAAGACGAAGACGGAGACGGAGAUGAAGAUGGAUAUAAAACUAUGUUGACUCGCAGUGCGAGUGCUGCGACCUGGCCUAUGGAUCGGAAAGCCCAGCUGAAACAUCCUCACAACAGAGGACGUGGAAGAGUCGUGGAUCCGGAAUUAUUAAGACAGGGCGAGCCCCAAGAACCAACAAGUUCCUCGGAGAAUCCUAACCCUACAACUGCACCACACACACCGCAGCCACAAGAUGAAGUCACAUCGAUUCGCAGCAUAUGAGAGUACUACCGAAGGCUAGGAGGUGCGACAAGGUGAUAGUACGUCGCGUGAAUUCGAAAUAAGAUCUUCAGGUGUAGACAAGGCUGUGUAAAUCAGCGAGACCACAUGGUGCAACCAAUCGUACCCGAGAAUGCACAUAUGAAAGACUGCCGCACGCCAUUGAUCGGGUGCUCAUCCGAUCACACGCACACCUUCAAACCCAUUGACUCAC